AUGGGUAACCCCAGGUAUAACCGUGAAGACGGUCGCGAGCUCGUUCUCCUGCAACACAUCUUCUCCCUGCCUCAUCUGGAGACCUCUCUCCGUGGCAACCCGGCAGCGGUCUUGGCAGAGAUUGACCGGUUCGCGCGAGAGCAGUCCCAUCUGAUUCACAUUGGCCCGGAGAAAGGCGCCGUGGUCUCCUCGCUAAUUGCCGAGCGAAAGCCGCAAAUCAUGGUCGAGCUUGGCGGCUACGUCGGAUAUUCGACCAUUCUUUUCGGCCACGCGGUACGCCAAGCCGGAGGCCAGCACUAUUUCAGUCUAGAGAUCAACCCCGUCAACGCGGCCAUUGCCAGUCUCCUGAUCGACUUGGCCGGGUUGAAGGAUUUCAUCACCUUGCUGGUGGCCCCCGCCCAUUUGUCUCUGGCCCGGCUGAUGAGGCAAGGGCUGUUCGACGACGGGAUUGAUGUCCUCUUCCUCGAUCACUUCAAGGACCGCUAUCUCCCUGAUCUCUGGCUGGCCGAGAAAUUGGGGCUGCUGAAGCCGGGAAAGUCUAUUUUGGUUGCGGACAAUGUCUCGCAUCAUGGAGGGCGAAAGGAUACGGACGAGCCGACCAAGCCACAUUAUCUGGACUGGAUGCGGGGCUCCGUAGAGGAGAAAGAAGAGAUUCUUCGCCGCUUUGCAUUCACCGCGCCCUCGAAUGCACAACUUGCAGAGAUUGUGCGCGAGGGUGGUGAUGCAGCUGCGAUAUCUGAGGGGUGGGACCUUGCUUUGGUUCCUGGUAUCCCGAAGAUGACCUAUGAGUCCCUCGAUCAGUAUUACACGGGACGAGAGGAUUUCAACGAGAAGUCUCUACCCCCAGUUCUCACCUCUCAUUCAAUCUUCCAUCCCUUCACAGCUAUACAAUGGCGUCCGCUGGGCCGCCGUCUCCGCCUCCGGCAACGCCGAUGUCGCCUACCACCUCUUCCUCAAGAAGAAGCCCAACCCUACGAAUUUGUCUGCAUCUGCCGGGCCCCCGGGGUGGAAGAGGACGAAGACGACGAUGAGGAGGACAGCGAGAACGAGAAUGACGAGCCUAUGACCGACUGCGACGCGGGCGAGAGCUGCAUGUGUCGCAAGCCGGCGGCCGACCACCCCGAUCACCGCUGGACCAUCUCCCGCGCCGGCAUGCAGCGCCUGAACACCUACCAAGACAUGCUGAACCUGCGCAACCCGGAUGCCUUCGACAUAACUAACGACGGGGACCUCUUCGGCGAAACCAUGAUCAUCCGCGAACUGAUGUUCCUGAGCAUGCUGGUCGAGCUCGAGAAGCAGGGUCAGUUGGCCCACGUCCGCAACCUCGGUUGGGUCAUGGGAUGGUCGCCUGCGAGGCCGACGCCAUGCGCUCGGACGAGUUCAAUCGGCGCGCCAGAGGGCAAGAAGAAAAAGAAGGCCUACGCUGGGGAGCACUUCGUGCCGUACCUGCUCGCCUACGGCGGCAAGCACAACAUCACCAUGUACGGGCCGUCGAACAUCGCCGAGAUCAUCGCCGAGGCUGAGGAGGCCGAGAAGCAGAGCGUGGAACUGCCCGCCGCCGCUCGGGAUCCCUGGGGCUGGGCGACGGGCUUCAAGGCGUACGAGCGAAAGAGCAAGACCACCGCCUACGGGGCGGGCAGCCGUGGCAAGGCGAAGAGCUUCAACAAGAAGGAUCCCCUGACAAGGAUAUGAUCAAGGCGCUCAAGGACGGCAUGUGUCUGAGCAUCGGCUGAGCAGUGUGCUUGCCCUGUCUGUUGUCUCUCCAAGAAUGACAGGUUAUGUCAGGUUGAGGGGCUCUUUGGAUUGUUCUUUUUCGGGUUGGUUUUGUGAUUUCCGUAUCCAGGCCGGACCUGUGCUAAGUGUGUGUGUAUUCGAUCUAAAAGCUUUUGUAAUGGCUACAGUGGGACUAUCUGUGCCAACCUCACCACCACCGUAGGAACGCGACAGCCCUCCCAGCUUCUUUUGUUGGGGAAAUU